AGACUUAUGACUUGUUUUGUGGUUCACGUUUAAAUGUGAAAAUGUUUAGUCACUAAGUACUGUAGCCCAUGUGGUUUGUCUUCUCGUGUGAACGCCUUCAGUUUCGAAACAGUUCAUGAGAUAAAAAUCCCAGAAAGAAGUUGCUCACUGAAGGCGGGCCUCGCUUGAAAUGAAAACUGAAAGUGUUUUCCUCCUCGGCAUCAUUUCGGGACCACAAAGCGAUGCUGCGGGUAAAUAAUUACGAAAUCCGUCACCUAACAGUAAAAUACUACUAAUAAUACUGCACGUGCAGCAAGAUUUCACCGACGUCACCCCUGCCGGGAAAAAAAGAAGCACGUGCUGUUUGGCGACUGCAUUAUUCAUUUCAUUUUCAGAUUGCAGGAGCGCACGGAUCUACCGAAGAGAGUGAAUGGAAGUGUCUGAUUCUGAAGACAAAAGAGGAACUGUGGGCCUCAAAUGGCUGAUGUCUCUCAAAUCAGUAUCUCUGCCCAGAAUAGAAGCCAUAUUUCAGCACCUGUGAUAUUAAAUUCAACUGUCACUGGAAACAUUAACAUUGCGAAUAAUUACUUCACAGGACCUGGAAAUGAAGUCGCAGGCCCUGGACCUAAAAUCAUAGAUACAAGCUCCUUAAUCACAGACUACAAGCAGUUUCUGCUGUCCGAGUAUGCCUACAUCACAGAAUACACCUCCCGUGCCGGUGAACAGGUGCUGCUUAAUGACCGAUACACUGACCCGCUAAUUGUUCAGAAACACAGAGAACAGAAAGAGCGAGAAAAUGAAAUGCGCUCUAGAGGGAAAAGUUUCUUCAAUACCAGAGAAACUAACCAGAGAAACCAAAACAUAAGGCUGGAUCAGCUUUUCGGUCCAGAGAAUGGCUCCAAAAAAGUGACUGGAAAAGCUGUAAUUCUCCAAGGAGAUUCUGGAAGUGGGAAAUCAGUCACUGCACAAAAGAUUGUACUGGACUGGGCCUCUGGAGAGCUUUACGCUACACUUUUUGAUGUAGUAUUUCAUCUGCGAUGCAAAGAGCUCAACGGUCUUUCUGGUGAGAUGAGCCUGGUGGAUCUCUUGGACUGUAGUUUAACUCCAAAUGAGAUUGGUCAGAUUUUAAAAGUCACAACACAGAGGAUCUUGUUCAUCGUUGAUGGAUUUGAUGAACUUGUGCUUUCUGGAACCAAAGAGUUAUUGCCACCAAAACCAGACAUCAAAUCCCAUCCAGUGGCCAUCGUUUGCUCUCUUUUGAAAGGUCGUAUGAUGAGAGAGUCCUUCCUGCUGGUUACUACGAGAUCCUCUGCUGUAGAAAAACUGGAGAACAUUCUGAAAAAGCCGCAGUUCUUUGUGGAAAUCAUGGGGUUUUCUGAAAGAGGCGUGAGUGAAUAUUUCCAAAAGUUCUUUGAGGAUGAAGAGUUUUCAAGAGAAGUGUAUGAGCAGGUGAAGAUACACGAGAUGCUCUACACCGCUUGCUUCAUCCCUGUCAUCUGCUGGAUUAUCUGCACCAUUUUUAAGAGAAAAGGAAAGGAUGGAGUUGUAACGAGUGAGUUGACGACAACCACGUCCAUAUUUGUCGAUUUCGUUUUCACACUCUUAAAGCAUCACAGUAGUUUGAAUCAGCAUGAAGAGCUUGACCUCCUCAAGAACCUGAGUCAGAUAGCGGAGAGUGGAACGCGGAAACAUCAAGUGCUGUUUUCCAGAAGCGAUCUUCCAAAGGCAAUCUCAGAUUUACCAAACAUUCCCUUCCUAUGCACGUUUCGGCAACAAGAGAGAACUUGUCUGAAGGAGAUGUUUGGGUUCUUGCACCUCAGCUUUCAGGAGUUCUUCAACGCUCUCUUCUAUUUGUUAACAGACGAGGCACAGGCGACAAUAAAAGUCAAGGAGCUACUAGAAAAAGCAGGCAGUUGGAGGCAAAAUAGGCAUCUCUUGCCUGUGAUCCAGUUCCUUUUUGGUCUCUCGAACAAGAAAGUGAGCCGUUUAAUCCCAGGAGAACAUCCAAAAUUGACAACAGCUCUUAUUCGCCCUCAGCUGGAGAAAUGGAUUAGCAAGGCUAUAGAGAAGAACACCAUGGAUGCAUUCUACAUAAGUGGUUUUAUUUUUCAUUGUCUGUAUGAACUUCACGAUAGGGACAUACUGAAGAACGUCAUGAAACUCUGGGAACACUUAGGUAUUAAAAUUCAUUGGACUUUAAAGGCGGUUAAUUGUCAGGCAGUGAUGUACUGCCUCCAGUAUUCUUCACGCAUUAUCAGUAUGGAAGUUAAAUGCAAUGCAAAAGAUCUAAAGAUGCUGCAUCCUGCACUUCGUAGGUGUACAUCUUUAUGGUUGGAUUUUGAUUCCGUAUCUGAUGCUGAUGUUGACCUCCUGACAUCAGCUCUGGGGAGGAGAAAGAAAGUGGGCUACUUGACUAUGGAGAAUGGAGCCCUAUCGGAUGAAAGUGUGCAGAAGAUCUUGAAAACCCUUAGCGGACAAACAUCAGUGGGUAACAUUCGGCUGGUGAUGAGGAGCAUCAACAACGCCAAUGUCGUUUUAGUUAUGGACUUCCUUGUAAAAGAGAUGAUGGGAAGAAGUUUCAGUGUAUGUAUUGCCAGUCAAGCAGAAAACAUGGACAAGAGUCUUUGCUCAGAGUUCACAAUGUCAAGCGAAAAUCAUUCCUUCUGGUUUACUGUUGGGCAUUCAGAAGGGCAUCGGGCUAAAAAACACACUCUUUGUUAUUAUCAGGGAUUUUCAAAAAUAUCCUUUGGAUUAUGUCCCUUCUCUGCAAUACCAGUGACUGAUUUCCUCAAGACAUCCCAUAACCUCAGAUGCUUCUCAAACACGAAAAACAGAGAGUUUGGUGUGAAUGUGGAUGCGCUGCUUUCUUUCCUAAACUGUGUUCCUGGUUUAACUGAGGUGGACAUUCAUUCUGAGUACCUCACAGAUAUUUGGACUUCCAGGAUUCUGUCCUACCUUCAAAUCAAUCCAAAGAUUUCUCACAUACAGUUUCAUGUGAGCAAUCUCCUUAUUAGUGAUGAGGAAAGGGUCUGUUCAACAUUUUCAGUUUUUAGAAAGCCAUUUGAACCGCACAGGAUGCAUAUCAGUGAAAGGAAAAAUCCCUCAUUGAGUCUUGCAAUGGACAGAUAUGCUUAUGAUAUUGCAUCGAGUAGCUGUGAAGAGUUGGAACAUUUCCAUAGACAGGACAAACCUGCUCUGGUGAAGCUCAUCCUCAGCUUCCCUCCUCUUGAAGGGUCUAGUGCCAAUUGGGAGAUUUUUUUCAAAAGGCUUUACCAACUCAUUCAGUUGACAGAACAAUGUCCAGAGUUGGAAGAGCAUGCGGAUUCUCUGCUGCUAUACCUUCACUCUGUUUCUGGUCUAAAGGAAGUAAAAGUUUGGCUCAGCAGCCUUAUUGAGAGCUGGGCGGCUCGUCUGUUCACCCUCUUCCUGUCUUGUUCCAGUUUACUUCAUUUGCAACUGAAUACCAGGAUGUAUGUUAUUGGUGAUGUGGAGAGUCUGGGUAUAAUGAGAGCUGACGGAGUGAGGCUAUCUGUUGGCUGUAAUCAUCUGAAUUUUAUAGAUGAGUGUAGUGAUAUCAAGCCCUUUGAACCUCCAGUGCACAAAGUGCUUCCCUGUGUCACCAUCACACUGACCGAUGACUCUGAGAAUGCAAAUGCUGACUGGAGGAAAUUCUUUCAGGCCUACAAACAGCUAAAAGCCUUGACAAGUUGUUCUCCAAAGUAUGACAAGAGUGUGUGUGAUCUGCUCUCUGUCCUGCACUCGGUCUCUGGUCUGAAGGUACUGGAUCUUAAUUUCAGAUUCAUGACUGUGGAUGGAGUGUCCAGAGUCCUGGACCUCGUUCAGACAAACCCUAGUCUGACUGCAUUAAAUUUUCUGGCAGUUGAGCGGCCUGAGACAAAUAGGGCGGACUUCAAGAAGGACGUCGGGAAUAAAUUCUUCAGCAUCCAUAGAACGAGUGAGAGUGAAGACAGUGAUUCAGAAGAAGGACUGAAUGGUAUUCGGUCUCAGUCUGCAGGACAGAUGUCGGAGGACAGUGAUGAAGAUGGCAUGUUCUCACCUCUCAGUGACUUCAGCGAUGAAAUCAAUGAUUCUUAUGAAGUGGACAAUGUGGAGCGUAUUCUCUGCUCAGAUCUCAAGAUGUGGAGGAGAUUAUCAGGGCAGUACAGCCUGUUUUUAAAGUGCGCCGGCUCCUGUCCCAGUACAAAGUCUCUUUUCUCAAGCAUAGAGCUCACCCUGUCCGAAGACUCAGAUAAAACUAGCAGUGACUGGAAAAACUUCCUACAAGCAUAUAACCGAUGCAAAGGGAUCUCUAAAUUAAGUCCUACAUUUGAGGAGAGUGUGGACGCUCUGCUGUUGUCCCUGGACUCUGUGUCUGCUCUAAACAAGGCACUAUUGAUGACACACAGCCUGACUGAGAACAUGGCUGCAAAGAUCCUCUCCAUGUGUCACACAUGUCCCAGUCUCCAUAACAUCGGUUUUCAGGUGGAGUACAGUGAGAGAUACAGUGAGCUCAAUGUGUGUUCAUCUAUCAGCCUCACCAGAGUCACAGACUCUAUCUCGACAGUUGACAUCCAGUUGGCCUGUGAUGAUAGCAUGAUUGAAAUAUCUCCAUCAUUCAUUUCAUUCACAUCACCAUGUUCAGACAUCCCUAAAGUGGAUGGACGGGAACUCUUUGAAACUCUUGACAUCCUUAAAGGUUUACAAGAAGGGUGUGAAGAGCAUGAAGAGCUUGUGGGAGAUUUGAUGUCCACCUUGCUCUCCGUUCCGGGUCUGCAGAAGGUCAGACUCAAGAUCAGCAGUCUAACGGAGAACUGGGUGAAGAGGAUUCGGUCCUUAACUGAAAGCUGUCCCAGUCUUCAGGAGAUCAGAUAUGAAUGCACAGAAAGUGGAGGCUUGUUAUUAGAGGAGGUCGAGAGGAUUCUUCAGAGCUCUCAGAUGGAUUCAGAUUGUAGGAUAAUUAUUACAGGGAUGAAGCACAGUAAAGCCAUGGAUGGGCGGACUGAAAUUAUGAUGGACACAUCCAGAUCAUCAUCAGCCUGUGAUGAGAAAGUGAAGGUCACUUUCUGCAGGAACUCUCUCACAAGACUAUUUACAAUAGAUGACAUUGAGACAGAAGAUACCAAUGAGGAUGAGCCUGAAAUGUAUAAAUCAUAGAGAAAAAAAUGAAAAUAUAGUCUCUAAUCUAAAUUUCCAAAGCACAACAUCGCUAACAAUGUUCAGAUCAAACAUAAUGCACCCGGUAAUAAUGUACCUUUUUUGAUGCUGAUAAUAUAGGAUUUUUUUGAAAACAUAUGAUGAGAUAUUUCUUUAUAACUCUAAAUUGUCUAUAUAACAUACACACAAGUGUCAUUUUUGCAAUUUUGCAGUCACCCAAACACACAGAAUGACAAAACAAAGACCUCUGGUAUAUAAUCAA